ACUCAAAACCAGAUGUGAACACAAAAUGCCCGUAUAUGAUACAGUUAAAUCCUAUAUGGAGUAAUGAACAAACUGUAACAAACUCACUACGUCUUGAGCACGCGAAAAUCGUGCAGAAAAUCGUAAUAGAUACAACCACAUGCAAUGACGACAGAUAUCUUGUAGAGAGAAAUUUUACAGUGAAGUACCUGGAUGCGACUGACAUACUUAGACAGGAACAACAUUAUUCUAAUAGUCUGUCUGGGCAGUGGGGACAAUAUGACGCAAGGAUAGAAAUAGUGCUGGAUCCCGUGCUCUAUUCGGAUCACGUGAUCCUCACGACAGCUGAACCAAUCAAAUGUUCCAGACUUAAAAUCAUGGGAUGUACAACAGAUGAUAUGUGUCCGAUAAACCAUUGUAAGAAUAAUGGAAAAUGCGUUGGAAAUGGAAUAUGUGCAUGCCAAAAAGGAUUCAUAGGAAGCCAUUGUGAACUCACAGUGUCAAAGAUGUCGGUAGAUAAUUAUGAAAUUAUUGGUGCAAUACCAAAGCUUCUGAUAACCAAAGACGCGGCAUUUGACGUCACGGGUGACGUAACUUUCUCUUAUACUCCGCCGAAAGACACAACGUUGAACAAACGACAUUACUAUGGUCACCACAGCUCUUCCCAUUUCUAUGGAAACGGGGGUAGUUGUACGUACUCUACUUCACAUAGUCACGGACACUCAAGUAGUGGUCAUUCAACAUACGGGUAUCAUUCGUCCAACAGUCGGUGCUCGUCUAUUCUGACGUCACCAUGUGGUUACUCGUACACUUCGCAAAUGAGUUUUGGUCAUAAUCACCAUCAUGGCGGUACGUCUUAUCUAUAUUCCACACAUGGAACUUCCCACUAUUCGCACGGAGCAUCGAUGCAUUACCACAACAAUUAUCUACACAUGCACGUGCAUAAUAACGGGCACUAUUCAAACGAGCAUUAUCACGUGGUUGCACCGUUUACUCCCAAACCUAAUGUACCAUACAAUGUCUGUUCGUCAUAUAGUCCCCAUUACGGUGCCACUAUGUAUGUAAACGGUCGCCCACUGGCAUCUCAGACAAAGCCUUCCACUCAUUAUCCUACUCCAUCACCAACACCUACACCAAGUCCUACACAACAACCACUAUGCUAUGGCUCGUGUGGGGCUCAUACAGGGACCGGGCAACAUAACUACAGUAUUUCAAACAUUGGCAUAUGUGGAGGGAGCGUGCCAUUCUUGGCAAUAAACAACGUGCUCGGUCUUCUUGGUUCGGCUAUGACAAAUCUAUUGUUUCAUCAUGGCCCGUCCACACCGAUAACAAUGGCUCUGACAGCAGCACCGACUACUGCGGCUCCGACAACCACCCCAUCCACUUUGCCACCAGCAUCAGCAACUUCAGCUCAUCCUUCGAGUGCUACAAGUAAAUAUGCUCCAGUUUGCCUAGACUGUGCACACGUGAGCGACCCCUCAACUUGUACGAAUGCAAUGCAAUGUUAUCAUGGAGAUGUUUGUCUAAUUCUUCAUGAUAAAUAUGGCUAUACACAAAGAUGUAUCAGCAAACAGGACUGCGACAAAGGAGUAUCUAAGACACUGGUAGACUGUUGGAAAUGCUGUAGUGACAACCUUUGCAACGACAAAUGCACACCCAGUACAAGUGAACCAAUUGGUUGUCAGGAUGAGAAAGAAUGCAGCUCGUUGAAAAGCCUAGGGGCUUAUUAUGAUGUGUGUCAAGAUCCUAUAUAUUCUUCCACCGUAUGCAAGAAAUCAUGUGGACAUUGCCCAUAGAAUCGGAAUCAAACAUGACUGUGAUUUUUCCCUGCCUUUGAUUUGAUAAUAUUUAGUUCAAUAUGACAUGUAUGAGUUCGAGAUUUUGUUUUCGCACAUUAAAGCGUUGUUGCAUA